AUGUCACCAUUUUCGUUUCAACGCCAAUGCGCGCUCCUCGUGCUGGCUGCUGCAAAAAGGGUGGCGGUUGCCUCGUACGAUGACAUGGCGGGGUACACGCCCGUCUCUGACGUCGUGGAACACUCCCAACUCGAUCUCGACAUGCAGGAGGUCGAGGAGAACGCGAACCUCCAAACCGAUGCUGGCUUCGCCGCUGCGUACACGUCGUAUGCCUUCGGCGGAAACAGAAAAGCAACCGUUACUGACAUUACAAUGGCAGCGUAGUAUCAGGAUUUCACAAGUUUUUCGAUGCCUCCAAACUUCAAGUGGAUUACCACUAAACGCAUCCAUCUAUCCUUGCUUGCUCUCCUCUGCCCCCUUCGCAUCGCGCACAUUUACAUGCUUGCUGCCUCUCUUUGUCCGUUGCUUGAUUGAACCUCUACUAUUGACUGUGCAUACCAUGACCCCGUUGUUUCCUGCGGUUCGAGUCUUGUUCAGUUUCAUCGAACACACGACGACGCAUAGCAUACGUUAGACACGUUAGAUCGUCGUAAAUACGAAAAUGUUGUUUGGGUUUUUGUGCAGUUUCAUUGAACAUACGACGACGCAUGGUAUACGUUAGACACAUCAGACAGUCGUGAAGACAAUCAUAUUCUUUUGGUUAGCGGUGUUUCGUGUUGUCGUCGUACCAAACCCGCUCCGGUCUCUGCUCAGCGCGUUUUUGACAUCCGGACGUGUCAACUGACGAGCACCUGCGCACGCCUUCCGUGGUCACCGACCAAAAACCCCGAAAAGGGCACACGCUAGAAAAAAAUGUUGUUGCGGUCCCAUUUGUUGUGCAGUUCUAUCUACAGUAGUGUUCGACGACGCAUACUGCAGCAGACGGUCUAUAUCGGUAGACCGUCGUGAAGACGAACUACUGUUUUUUUGGUGUUUGGUGUAAUCAUAUCAAAUCCGCUCCGGUCUCCUGCUCAACACGUACUGACAUCCAUCCGUGCGUGACUACAGGCCACUUACCCCCGAAAAGGGUUGUUCUUGUUUUUCUUCACAUUACAUUCGUGUCAGUUGCUAAUCCCAAAAUCUAGCAACGACUCGGUCCGUGGCCACAAAAAUGCUAGAGCCAUCAGAAGAUCUAAAUAACACACACUAUUAGCAAGAAAAGGGUGCACAAGCCCGAGGAGGUACACCUGCAAUCCCUGCAGCACGUUUGCGUGCUCACAACUGAACUACACGCCCAC